CUCUUCCAGCAGCGCCUGCGAUCAUGGCGGCCGUGUUAGCGGAGCGGGUAGCAGAGCAGAAAGCGGUUCUAGACCGGGAGGUGAACGGGGAGGCGGAGGAUCGAGAGGAAGCCGAGCCAGUUGAGGAGACCGGGAAAAAGAAGAGGAAAAAGAAGAAGAAGAACAAGUCCGCGGCGACAGGCACUGAGGCAGAGGUGGAGGUGGAUGGAGUGACUGAGGUGACCAAACAGCUGGAGAAGCAGGCGGUAGAGGACAAAGAGAAGGAAGAGGAGGGCGAGGAAGACGGAGACGACGGAGAGAACUCUGCAGGGAAAAAGAAGAAGAAGAAAAAGAAGAAGAAAGGAACCAAAUGUCAGACUGAUCCUCCAUCUGUGCCCAUCUGUGAGCUCUACCCAAAUGGAGUAUUCGCCAUUGGGCAGGAGUGUGAAUACCCUGUCGUUCAGGAUGGCCGCAGCGCGGUGGCACGCAUGACCAACGAGGAGAAGCGAGUGCUGGAUAAAGCUAACGAGGAGAUGUGGAACGACUUCAGGCAGGCGGCCGAGGCCCAUAGACAGGUCCGCAAGCACGUCCGCAGCUUCCUGAAACCCGGCAUGACAAUGAUUGAAAUUUGCGAGAGGUUGGAGGACUGCUCUCGUAAGCUGAUCAAGGAGAAUGGGCUGAACGCCGGCCUGGCCUUCCCCACUGGCUGCUCCCUGAACCACUGUGCUGCCCACUACACUCCCAAUGCCGGAGACACCACCGUCCUGCAGUACGACGACGUCUGCAAGAUCGACUUUGGCACUCACAUCAACGGGCGAAUCAUUGACUGUGCCUUCACUGUCACAUUUAACCCAAAGUAUGACAAGCUGCUAGAGGCUGUGCAAGACGCCACCAAUACAGGAAUCAAAAACGCAGGCAUUGAUGUGCGUCUGUGCGACGUUGGAGAGGCAAUCCAAGAGGUGAUGGAGUCCUACGAGGUGGAGCUUGAUGGCAAAACAUACCAAGUGAAGCCGAUCCGAAACCUGAACGGUCAUUCAAUCGGUCAGUACAGGAUACACGCCGGAAAGACAGUGCCCAUCGUUAAAGGAGGAGAAGCAACGAGAAUGGAGGAGGGAGAGGUGUACGCCAUCGAGACGUUCGGCAGCACAGGUAAAGGCGUGGUCCACGACGACAUGGAGUGCUCUCAUUACAUGAAGAACUUUGAUGUCGGCCACGUCCCCAUCAGGCUGCCGAGAGCGAAGCACCUGCUGAACGUGAUCAACGAGAACUUCGGCACGCUGGCGUUCUGCCGGCGCUGGCUGGACCGCCUGGGUGAGAGCAAGUACCUGAUGGCCCUGAAGAACUUGUGCGACCUGGGCAUCGUGGACCCCUACCCUCCGCUCUGUGACACCAAGGGCUGCUACACCGCUCAGUUCGAGCACACCAUCCUGCUCAGGCCCACCUGCAAGGAAGUGGUGAGCAGGGGCGAAGACUACUGACACCCCCACCCCCACUUUAAAACGCCACCAGACCACCCCCCCACCCCUCACUACUACACAGCACCAGUUGGGGAACUCGGAGCUGCAGUGAAGGAUGCCAAAUGCUGCCGUCUUCUACUGACAGUGCACAGUUUUCAAGCAGAGAGAAGCAGCCGUCUGAGUGCUCCACCAUCAACCACAGCUAAAGAAACAAGCCCACACCUUUCUGUUGGAGGGAGCUUUUUUUUUUUUCCAUCAGGACUUUAUUUAGCAAAAUUUGAAAUCUAAGCUGUCGCUUAAUUUAGUGCAACCCCAAUUUUCAGAGAGUUUCUCUCCACUUUUUGAGCCUCCAGUACUUUCAUGCUCCUUUUAAGUGAAGCAGCAAGACUACUGACGGCUUAAAGAAGUGGUCAGGCCUGCAUGCCAGCAUGACCCCGAAGUCUCUGCAGGCUAUUCCUAAUGCGUAAAAGCUCGGGGAGGGGGUGCUGUUGUUGUCAGAUCUUCAUGCAGACACCGGUCACCUGCAGCUGUAUGUUUGGCUUCUGUCGCUACAGGAGGGAACUUUGCACCUUGGCCCUCUGCUCAUCGUUUCUUUGGUAUUUGUAAAGUAUCUUUGAAAUGGCUGCUGCCACUCUAUGUUCCAGAUUAAAAUGCUUCAUUUUCAAA